CUGUCAGAGGAGAGAAGGGGUCCGGACUGGAGCUGCAGAGUUGAAUCCGGUAAAGAAUCACAAUAUACUGGAAACACCACAAUCAAACUGAACAGAGGUUCAAUAGCAUUGCUGUUUAUAUUAUCUUCAUUUAUUUAUAUAUAAAAAAUAAUAAAAAAAAAAAAAAAACAAACAUUGCAAAUCAACCAGUAAUGGCGCUGAAAAGGAUCCAAAAGGAACUGACAGAUCUGCAGAGAGACCCUCCAGCACAGUGCUCAGCAGGGCCAGUGGGGGAUGAUUUAUUUCACUGGCAGGCGACAAUCAUGGGGCCGAACGACAGUCCAUACCAAGGUGGGGUUUUCUUUCUGACUAUUCACUUUCCUACAGAUUACCCUUUCAAACCGCCAAAGGUGGCGUUCACGACGAAGAUCUACCACCCCAAUAUAAACAGCAACGGUAGCAUCUGCCUCGAUAUCCUGAGGUCGCAGUGGUCUCCCGCACUCACAGUAUCAAAAGUUCUAUUAUCCAUCUGCUCGCUGCUUUGUGACCCCAACCCAGACGAUCCACUGGUCCCAGAGAUCGCACACACCUACAAAGCUGACAGGGAAAAAUAUAACAGACUAGCCAGAGAAUGGACGCAAAAAUAUGCAAUGUGAAAAAAAAAAGAGAGCGUUUUACACACACACACACACACACACACACACACAACACAACAAAAUAAUAAUAAUAAAAAAAACUAAACAAAAAAAGAAACGACAGCAGAUCCUUGAAAGAGAAAAUCCAAACUCCAGUGUAAAUAAACCCCAGACUGGAUGCCGUUUGUUUACCUGGUGCCCCAGUGCCAUUUGCAAUGACUUUUCUACUCUCAGCUGUGGGGAGAAGAUCACACAAAACACAACCUUAGGGGAUGAAGACACUGCAGACUGCAAACUCAGAAACACGACUGUGUCUUUUAAUAUUAUUAUUAUUAUUAUUUUGUUAUUAUUAUUAUUAUUGUUGUUGUACUGUUUACUUUAAAGUAUUGAAUGCUUAGAGUCUGGGCUAGGAGUUGGAAAGGCUUUAGAAGUUGCCCGCCUCUCCAGUUAAACUGGUACGUUCUUGAACCCUUGGCAAUGCGGACAGGGGUAUCACAGUAUAUGCUGUUACUGGAGGCUAGAGCUAUCAGUGCUGUGGCAGGCAGGCGUCCUUUUAUUUGAGCCACAAAUGGAGCUUGCUUGUCACAGUUAAUAGGAAGUUUCAGUGAAAUGUAUUCGAACUCCACGUUCAUGUCAUUCUCUGCUGCCAGCAGAAAAAAGGUGUUUAUUUAUUUAUUUAUUUAUUUAUUGUAUCGCAAACAGAUUCUUUUUUUUAAUUAAGGGAUUCUCAGCUUUUUUUAAAAAAAACUUUUUAUCACAGUUCUGUACUAUAUGCAUACCGCAGCAUAUACUGUGCCUCCAAACCCUAGAAAGAUGUCAUAACCAGCGCUUUUAAAAAAAAAACAAACAAAAAAAACGUUCAUACCUCUCAUUGGUGAAAAUACUUUCAAACAAGAUAUUUCUGAUUGAUGAAUUUUACCCCCCCACCCCCCCGCUGUGUGGGUGGGGAGUCAGAUAAGGUAUUAAAGAGACAGUAUCACGCCUUUUUAAAAUCCAGACCAUGCGAGAUGCAUUAAAACUUUACUGUUGUUUUCCCGUCCGUCUGUUUUAAAUUUCAGCCACAGUCUUGAAGUUAGCAUCUUCUUUCAGCCCGUCGGGCAGCAGCCAGGUGCGCUUGCCAGAGUCCCCUGUUUGUUUUCACUGGAGAGAGAGAGAGAGAGAGAGAGAGAGAGAGAGAGAGAGAGAGCGCAUGUUGGGUUCCAGUUCCCCUGUGCUCGCUUUGCAGGCUGUAGCCGGCUGGACGUCUCCUGCAGCCGCCCUGCGGCACCGCACCGCUCGCUCCUGUGGAAACAGCGGUGAAGUGUUUGCACACGGAGACAUUUGAUUUUGCAUAGCUACACUUUGUAGUUUUAGAAGCAGUAAAAUACAGCAGAAUAUUGAAAAGCAAUGGGAUAAAUAGACUCCACACCAUGCAUGAUACCUGGAGGGUUAAAUACAAAGGAAUAGUAGAUUGUUGCAUCAUUAACAGAACAGUAAAUGACAUCACAAGCACAUUCAUAGAUUUUAAUAGAAAUAAGUGAGUGUAGUUACCAUGGAAUCAGUAGCUUAGAAGUACCCCCAAGGUUAGUUUUCAAUCACAUUUCCCCUCGACAAAGGUAUUACACCUUGCGCACGUGUUGCAAAUAAACUGAUUUCUCAGGUAUAGCCUUGCAGGAGGCAGGAUUCUCUUUUUACAGGGAAACAAAGAGAAUAACAAAACACAGGUGAGAUGCAAUCAUGCAUAAAGAAUGUACGUGCAGCACUGUGAAGGGUUAAUCGUGAUACUGUCUCUUCAACACCUGCUGCACUGGGAGUGAAUUUGCUCAGUGUCAAAGUGAACAUUUGGGGGAAACGAUACAAAUAGGGUUAGUGUGAGCAUGUAUGCAAAUGAGGGAAGAAAUUAUUGUUAUUUUUUUUUUUUUUUAAGUGCUUGGUUAGUAAAUCUGUUUUGUUGAAACGGAGGGAUUGCAUUUCCUGUUCUCUGUGCUCCUUCAAAACCUCGUUAACCAGCAGCAGGAAGGGUUACAUGCUUGUUCCAGGUACUGCUGUGAGCUUCACAACACGCUAAAGUUGCUCAUCCCUGUUGCACUGGCGUGCGCUCGCAGCUUCCGUUAGUUCCUCUGACCGGCCUUGUUUUGAGGAAUCCUUGCAAAGAGUUGGAUCAGAGGCUCAGUGUUUUUUUUUUUUUUUUUUUUUAAGACCGUUAUAAAUGCAUGGCCUAACAGGUGACACUGGGAAUAUUCAAAAAGCAAUGACUCUGUAAUGCCAAAGCAGAGCCCUUUAGUAGGGGGCACAUGGUGUGCUAACUUUAAGUCUUGCUGUCAUUGCUCGGUAAUUCCUUCACCACAGUCUUUGCAAGGAUUCUUGAAAGCAUGGCGGGCUGUUGGAGUAGACCGGCCCCCCACCAAA